UUGUUACGGGAAAGUGCAACCCUGCUCACAGUAUAUACGAACGAAAUGAAAAAAGAGGCAAAAAAACAAUGUGUUGAAAAAGAAGAAGACUCGAAUAAAGAAGGAAGAACUUGUUGUUUUGGCAAACAAUCUAAAGAAUCAAAGAGUCAACAUCGAGGUUGGAAAUGGAUGCUUCUCUUGUGGAAAAAAUAGUGCAUGAAGUGAAAUCACAAGGAGUGUUUGAUGAGUUUCGUAAGGAUUCUAUGGCCGAUGUGGACACAAAGCCCGCCUAUCAAAAUCUGCGGCAACGAGUAGAAAAGUCUGUUAAAAAGUUUUUGUCCGAACAAACAUGGACUCCGGAAAUGAACAAGAAUCAAUUGAGAGAAAAAUUGCGACGUCACAUUGCCGAGUCGGGUUUCCUGGAUGUCGGCGUUGAGCGUAUUGUUGAUCAAGUAGUGAACCCAAAGAUUGGUAGUGUCUUUCAACCUCGAAUAGAGGAGAUAGCCUAUAAAUAUUUGGGUUUGCCACCACCUCAAAAAAUUUACGAACCUCCUCCCCCGCCUCUGAUGCAUCCACUGCCACCAUUACCUCUGACUGCCCCGCCACCACCGCUGAAAGUCGAAACAUGCAGUCUCUUGCCGAAUGAUUUGGAGCAAGUUAGUCCCGAUUCUGAUAAAGGAACCGUGAAAUCCGAGGCAGAAGGUGAUGACAAGACAAAUGUGGAUAUGGAGACCGAAGAGAAAAUAAUAGAUGAUGAUGAGUCGCCGCCUUUUGAACCAUUGGUGAAGAGUGAAUCAAAGGAUAUAAAGCUAGAGCCGAAAGCCAUAAAGACAGAGCAUGACGAGCCCGAAGACAACAUUAAAAAAUUUGAUGACAAUGAUAGUACCACCGUUAAAACUGAGAUGAAAGAUCUGGGUGAAAGUCAGAGUUCUACUAACAUAGAUAAAGACAAUAACAGUCAAUCGAUGGAUUGCAGAAACUCGCAAGAUUCACAAUUAUCAAGUGUUUCCAGCGACACGCGUUUAACACCUGAAAUUAAGGAUGACUCUGCGCCACCUCGCAGUUCGCAGGAGGAAGCCGUAACUGCAAAUAUUUCCGAAGAAGCACAAAUGCCCAAGUUCAAUGAAAACUCCAGCGAACCUAGCUGUACUAAUGGCCGAAAGGAGUCAGACUCGACACUUCAUUUCGAUAUCAAGAAAGAUGAAAUAAAGUUUGAGGGAACCGAAAGGAAGAAAUUGGAAGAUUCUCAGGUAUCACCUAUGGAUGAUGAUAUAAAAUGUGAGUUGCCUUCGGGGACUCCAUUGUCUGAAUGUAAGAGUGACAUGUUUAAGUUUUCGGUAAAUACUAGCUCUGUAGCUGAGCAAAAGGAACAUGAUUUGGAACGAACUCCAAAUGCUCAGGAGUCAAGCUUUGGUUCGAGCAUAGAAGAUUCAGCUUCAAUUCCCACGAACAUUACAAACCAAGUAACUGUGGAUGAGAAAGAUAAAGAUUUGAGCAGAGGAGAAAAAUCACCACAAACCGCAGUAUCUACAAUAUCCAAAAUACCAUCGACCCCCACGGCCACACCGACCGCAACACCAACAGUUACGCCAACCCCUACUCCUAUUUCACAACCUUUGCCGCCAACUCCGUCGCCUAUAUCCACUCACCGGGCAGACAGAGAGCACUCAUCCAGACAUUCCUCUUCAUCUAAGCAUAAGAAACAUUCAAAGGAACGUCGUCGAUCCCACGACAGAGAGAAGGAUAGAGGAGAGCGUUACCGCAGUAGCAAAGAGGGCAAAGAGCGGCACCGUAAUAGCAAUAGUAGUAGCCACAAAGGCAACAGCAAACACUCAUCGUCAUCAUCUUCCAACAGGCAUUCUUCGUCAUCGUCCCACAACAAGUCAUCGAAUGAAAAGGAGUUGGAUCGUUCACACUCCUCGUCCCGACAUGGAAAAUAUGCAUCAUCCUCUGAUAAGAGGAAUUCCUUGUCUUCUUCAAACAAGGACCAUUCGUCGUCGUCGUCCAACACGUCAUCAACGAUGACAAAACGUAGCGGGCGCUAUGAUGAUGAUCACUAUGAAGCUAAACAAAAACCACAAAGAAGGAAGUCUACCGAUUCAAAUGAUGAUGACGGCGACAAAGGGGGUAGUAGCACUGGCGGUGGUGGCAAAUUAAACCACGGUCAAUAUCAAAAAGUUGCGAGCGCAAGUAGUUCCAAAUCGAAAACGAAAUAUGCCAGUGAUACGGGUCAUUCAACAGCUUCGAAGGAGCACGGCAAUCAACCCGACGAUCUUUCACUCAGGGAGCUCUCCGAAAAGAAAGACGAAACUCCAAAAUUACCCAACAAUGUAGUUAUUCUGAAUGAUUUGCUAGAAAAUCCGCAAACUCAAUGCAUUCAACUAGAUUCUCGAGGGCACCUUAUAGAAGUACCGGCCAUUCAAAGCGAUAGCCGAACUAUAACAACCGGUAACGAGGCAGAUUUGUUAUAUUUUGAAGUGGAUUUGCAAGAGUCCUUCAGGCAGAGAAUAAAUAUCCUAAACGAUACUAUGGACCUUUGUCGCAAAGCGGUUAAUUACUUGCGGUUUGAUUCUCCUAUUGACGAAGGAAUUGAGCUAUCCAGUGAAGAUGAUUAUAACCACAAUCGUGCCAAUACAUCGAUCAGCUCAAUACGAACAUCUUUGAAACGCAAAUCAAUUAUAAACUUUGAAGACUAUGAGCGAACACCGCAAAAACGCUGCCCGAUAGACAAGAGUGACGAGAAUGCUUUGAAAACCUCGCCAACACCUUCGGAUCUCAGUGUUAGCUCCAAAGAAAAUGAAGAAAUUGAUAAAAAUUCCGGUGGUAGCGUUAGCAUGGAUGCAUCAACAUUUGUGUCAGGAGGAGCCUGCUGUUUUUGAUUGCCAUCGAUUGUGCGGUGUUCUUAGAACUGAAAAUGCCAUUUGAGUGAUCUUCGAAAUGGGUGUUAAUAACUCAAAAUACCGUAUGAUGCUUUGUUGUCCGCCCGACUGAGGAAUAUGCACUUAGUUAUUCACUGUGCAGAAGAGACCACAUUAAUUCCCCAUUAAAUGUUCCAAAUAAAACAACUACGAAACUUUUUAUUGGUAAUUGACAUAAAAACAAUUUUAUUUUUGUUUUUGCUUUCGUUUGUAUAUAUUUUUUACAAGUAUCAGAUUGAUGUUUCUCCAUUGUUGUGGGGUGAGUGUGUAUAUCUGUGUGUGUGUGUGUCGUGUAUCACGAUAACAAUUUUUGUUUUUGUUUUUCCAAAAUUUCAAAUUCUCUUAAGGAAUUUCAAUUUUAAUGCUACUCGUUUUUGAUAAUAGCACUACAACUAAUUAAUUACUUGUUUAGCAUUUUAAGAGUAUGUUAAAUUUCUCACAACUAAUUGGUAAAAUUAAGAAGAAAAAAAUAACACAUUACUACUUCAAUUAAUAAAUUAACGCGUAUUCUUCGAAGAUAAUCUGAGCUUAUGUCUUAAACACAUACAUACAUAUGUCUUUAGGGAUAAAAUGUAAACUU